GGCUUAGUAAAUGUUUGACAGUAUGUUUACUUAAUUAUUACGAUAUCACCAAGAGCAGCAAGGAAGAAGUCAGAGACAUGGAUACCUUGCUCCAGUAAGUCACCGGAUAGUUACUCAGCAUGUGUAGUUUGGUUAAUUUUUUUGAUUGAAGAUUGCUUUGUACAAGAUCUAUAGACAUACACUUUUAUUUUUAGCCUGCUGAAUGUUACUAAGAACAAGUUUUGCCUUGGCAUACUAACAUCAUGCAGUUAAGAACAACCAAUGGCACCUGUAAAAGUCUGAUAGAUAUGGAUUUGUUUCUGCACUAUUCCCUCAUUCCCUCGGUUCUCAUAAUUCUAGCUCUUUCCUUUCUUGAGAGACGCAUCAAGAGGACAGCAUUUGAUGAUACGAUCCAACUUCUUGAUAGAAGAUUUGGAUUUGUCAUACCUUUAGAUCUCAUAGGAACCUUUACCAACAGAUGGACAUUUGGCUUUGCAUUUGGAGCAAUGACUAAUAAGGUCAUGUCACUUUUUUCUGAAGAAUAUUUGCCACCUGGAGUUCCAUCAUGGGCAAGAGCAUUUGGACUUUUAAUUGGAGCAAUUGAAGUUGGCCUAUCCUAUUAUCCUAUAUUUGCCUGUCUCACUACAGAAAACAAAAUCAUAGGAUCUGUUAUAGGUUUCCUAUACACUCUGACUUGGUUUAUAGUAACAAUGAUUGAUAUUGCAUUGUGCCCACAUGGAGAUGUCAUUGGAUUUUUUGAAAAAGUUAUUUUUGAAUGGCCAUCACUUUUGUGUUUAGUCUUUCUGAUGGGGCGUUUUGUUCAUAUAUUUAUCAAAUAUAUCAGAAUUUACUUGGGAGCAGACAUUCGAACUGAUGAAAAUUCUUUCCUACCAAUUCAUCAAGCCGAGCAUGUCAAGAGACUCUUUCGAAAACCUAUAGUAAAACAGAAAAGCUGGUUUGAAAGGAAGAUAUAUACAUGGGACCCUUGUUUUAAAUUCCCCAGCAGGAUGAUUGGCACCACCGUCCUGUCACUGUUCUGCCUGUAUAUUUUUGUUUCUGUAGAAUACAGUGGUUACAGCAAAAUUGCAGGUUUGCUAAAAUGUUUGGAAGAACAAAUGGAACAGGUAGCGCCAGAUGUAGCGCCUUCAUGGGAAGCAUACAAUCAAUCAGUUGUUUCAAUGAAGGAGUUCAACGAAGCAUUAAAGGGUGUUUGGUUUUUCACUACUUUCCUGGCAAGUGCAGUCACGUUAUCCUACAUUUUUCACAUAUUAGUCUGCUAUAGAAAACACAUGAAGAGACUUUGGGUUGGAGAGAGAGGUUUUCUGCCUAUAAAAUUCAAAACUCCUUCAUCCACUGAGAGUGUGGCUGCCAUAGCAAGAUACUCCGGCUGGCAAGUUGCACAUAUUUUAUGGGGCUACUUUAUAAUGCACAUAGUACAAUGCUUGUUUGGCCUGGUUUUUGUGUAUGCUGUUGUGUUUCCGAUAAAACAUGGCCAAUUAGAAGUUCUGAAAGGCUUAGGAAUUUCUGUGCUCACAAUUGCAGUUGUUAUUUCACUAAUGAUAUUGCAAGUCUUGUUCGCCAGUAAAUUCUUUCUGCAGAAGAAAAUAUCUCCCACGGAUAAGCAGAAACCGUUAGCUCUAAAUAACAGGAAGGCUUUUCAUAAUUUUAAUUACUUUUUCUUCUUCUACAAUGUGAUUCUUGGCUUGGGAGCCUGUCUGUCCCGCCUUUUUUCUGCCCUGAUUUUGGGAAGUUGGUUAAUUGCGAGGAUUGAUAGGACACUAUUACAACGUGGAUAUGAGUCAGCAGACAUGGGCUACAAAACAUGGAUUGGAAUGAUAUAUGUGGACCACUAUCACACUAACCCAGUACUUGUGAGUUUUUGUAAUAUUCUACUGACAGUGACAGCUGAAAAAAGACUAAAGGAGUCUCCUGUAUAUUACGGGUUUAAUAAUUCAGGAGUGGUGUGAUGAGCGCUAAGGGUAUGUUGACAUGAAAGAUUUUUGCGCACUGAAAUCCACACCGAAUCUGCACAAUUCUGAAACCACCUCACAUUGUUUUCAAUGGAAGGCCGCGCUGCAGUUCAUAUGGUCGAGGACUUUUCACGUGAGCUUUUAAAGACCACACCAAGAAUGUACAUGUCCAUUCUUUGCACUGUUAUUGUGCGGACCCCUCAGAAAGCCACAGCGGGAGCCAUUCAGUGGAGCUAAACAAAGAGUGGGACCACAGCAGUCAAAAUGUGGGGUAUGCUUCAGAUUUUGACACAGUUAAAAUCUGUUGUAUACUAAAUCUCUAUUCUGUCUAGGGUCAUAAUGUAAAUUUUAGACAUUUGCAUAUAAGACAACAUUUGCAUAUUUCUUAAAAUACCAAUACUUGAGCAUAUCUUCUUAGAACUCUACAUAGUCUGAUUCCUCUGUUAUUCCACCUAAGAAUGUAUGAUUAUAUUUACAGCUGCUUAUUGCUAUUCCUUUUUGUCAACAAAGUCCCUACACAAUGUGAUACUGUCUGUGCUGACAACAUCAGGGGAUUAGGGCCACACCAUUUCACGAAAAGAAUGAGAACACCCGUUGUCAGUUUAUACGUACAUUUGCAGCAGUAACAAAAGAGGAAUGGCACUAUUUACAGUUAUAAUAAAAUGAUUAUCUAUUACUAUUAUUGUUUUAUGGAAAAUGCAAGUAUU